AUGCUUCAAGCACGCUUCCGUCUUGCCGCACUACUUGCACAGCUGGGCGUGCUCCUUUUCGGGACUACUUGCCUGGGAUCGGGCGACGUGCCCGACGGUGUCAGAGAGAUGAGGCAGGCCCUUGAAGCACUUGGCGUUCGGUAUUGGUCUCCACCUCGUGACGUGGUGCCCGCAAGCGGGAGCCGUAGCUCGAGCUCAAGCUCGUCUUCCGAAGAGUCGCGUGCGGCUCGCACCCUGAAUUUACUUGAGCCUGGAAGCAGUUCUGGCUCGAGAGGGCCGUCGAUGGCAGGCGGACUCUAUAGGCACCCAAGCCUAGACUGGUUUAACAUCGGCCAGGGCAAGGCCUUGAACUGGCAUGACCCCAAUACCAGAGAGGCAGUCCACAGAUGGCACCCUCAGCGAGGCUUCAUCCGCUUUAAUGGCGUAGACUUCGAUUCUGCAUCCGUUCCGUAUGGCCAGAGGAUUCCAGGAGAAAGGGAGAAGUUGCAUAAAGUUCUCGACGACAUGGCGAGACAUAAUUUUGUACUCACUCGGUCAGGUCUUUCGGGCAGGCAGAGUUACACUUCAUACAACUCUGCUACUGGCAAAUGGGAGCCAAUCUGGCAGGAUGGAACGCAGCCUGCGUCCAACAUUGGAGGCCGCCCUGCGCGGAGCGCUCGCACACUGACAAUCGAUGAGGCUGCCCAUCGUAAUCGCAGACGCCAGACUUUGGUCCUACAAGGGCACCGACAGGGCCAAGAACAGUUUGACGGUGCCGGGUUGUCCUUAGCUCAGCCGGGACCCUCGACGGCCGGAGCCAGUUCGAGCGCUGCGCCGCCCGGCGGAGCGAGAAGUCGGAGCACUAGCCAGAGCAGUGGAUCCAACUCACGAGACUCAUCUGGGCCUUCGCUUGGGCGUUGGCUCUAA